UAGUUUUAUAAUGAAGCCACAUUUCCCCAGACGGAGAACAUUUACAGUUGUUUCCACGCUCCUCUGGGGUCAGCACCACUUCCCCAAAGAUACCGCUCAGAUGUUUGCUCCACUCGUAAAUUUGCAUGUUUGUCUGAGAGUCGUUUGCAUGAAGCGCAAACACGAAGUCACCUGGUGCGGCAAUAUCUGUGUUGACUCUGUGAAGAGCAGCAGGUCGCCUUCGUGCUUCACUGAAGAUGAAUCUCACUCCGUCAGCCGAGUGCUGCGCCUUCGACUCUCCCACCCUGGACCAGUAUUUGCCUCCGAUACUGAUCUUGGAGUUCAUGUUCGGACUGAUGGGGAACUUUGUCGCCCUGUGGAUGUUCAUCUUUCACAUGGACACAUGGAAGCCCAACUCCGUGUACCUGACUCAUCUGGCCGUCGCCGACUCCAUCGUGCUGUUCUGCCUCCCGUUCAGGGCCGACUACUACAGGCGUGGAAAGAACUGGCUGUACGGCGACGCCAUGUGUCGCAUCCUGCUCUUUCUGCUGGCAGCCAACCGCGCGGCGGGCAUCUUCUUCCUCACGGCCGUGGCUGUCGACCGCUACUUCAAGAUCGUCCACCCGAUGAACCGGAUCAACCGGAUGGGUCUGGGCUACGCUCUCUGGGUCUCCCUCGGCCUCUGGGGUCUGAUUUUUCUUGCCACCGGUUAUCUUCUUGCCAAUGAGCACUUCUUCUACAACAGCAACCGCACGCAGUGUGAGAGUUUCAACAUCUGCAUGGGCUUCAGUCCCCUCUCCACCUGGCACAACACUUUCUACGUCACCCAGUUUUUCCUGCCGUCCGCCAUCGUCGCUUUCUGCACCGUCAGAAUUACGUGGCAGCUGAGAGUCAGGACUAUGGACAAGCAGGGGAAAAUCAAACGGGCCGUUCAGUUCGUCCUGGCUGUGGCUUUGAUUUUUAUCAUCUGCUUCUUUCCCAGCACUAUAUCACGCAUAGCCGUCUGGAUCCUCAAGGCAUGGUACGAUGAAUGCAAAUACUUCCAAGAGGCCAACCUGGCGUUCUACACGUCGGUGUGUUUCACCUACUUCAACAGCGUCCUCAACCCCGUCGUGUAUUAUUUCUCGAGCCCUUCCUUCAGCGGCGCCUUCAACAAGCUCCUGAAUAAACUGCUGAGAAGGAACGACGACGACAAAAAUCAGACGGAUUCAACUGAGAACGACAUUUCCACCAUUGAGGGUAGACGGAUUUAAAGCCAGGUGCUGUUGCAGCGAUAUGUUAAAAGACUAGAUUAUAUCAAUAAUAAAAUGUAGAAAAGAGGUUUUGCCAUCUAAAAUAAUAACUAGCAGCUUAUUGCUGUGUAUAUGUAUAACAAAAGUGAGUGUUUAGAGUAAUUAUGAGCCGUUAACUAUGGGGAAAAAAAGUCUUCAGUUGCAACGUGACCUAAUCAAAUAUCACUGCAAAUGCUUCUAAAAGCAACAAUAUCUAUCAAAUAUAUGAUGUAAUGUGUGUAUAGCCACUUUUUCUUGUUAAAGUAGUUCAAGUAAUGCUUUAAAUUGUUAAUCACAUCCACUGUGAACAGCAAACACAGAUUUUCUUCCACCCAUUAAAACAAUAUUUACAGCAUAAAUCAGUUGAACAGCCCGAGGGGAAGUGACUUCAGUGUUGUCGUUAAUCUGUCAAUUAACAUACAAACGAUACCGGAGUCCAUGAGUGAAGCGAUCAUGCAGGUAAUUCCAACAAAUAAUGUAAAAGCAGUGCAUUUGUUUUCAGUUUUCUGUCUUUUUUGUGCAUAUAUGUUCUCACAUUUCCAGUCUUUGUAUCCUGUCACAUCUUGUUUUCAAUAAAUAAAAUAAACAUUAGAAUAACCAACAUAAAUCACA